GUUCAAAGCCAGUUUAUGCUGUCUUUGUUUCUCUAAGAUGAACAGCAGGACUCAAAAACAGUAGCCACUUCAAUAGCCUGGGUGUCAGAGUGAAUAAGCACACAGAGCAAAGGUUAUAGCUAACCUCAUAUAGAUGUGUGUCAUGAGUAGUAAACAAACCUUUGUUGUGUAAGCCCCAAACACUGGGUUAUUGUUGUCACAGCAUAAAACAGCCCACAGGAGUUGAUUCUCUAUUGUUCUACUUUGCAUUCUGUUGUUGUGGUAAAACAUUCUGACUAAAAGCAAGUUGGGAGGAAGGUUAAGUCCAUCCUAGGUCUUGUAUCUUGACAGGAGGGACUUUCCUUGCUCAGUUAUUAACUGAGUAGAUGCACACACCACCAUGACUAUCAGUAGAUAGUUUAAAAAAUACUUGUUGCACUGUAUUAAAUGGGAACAAUGCUUUCUCUUUUGUUAUACUUUUGGGGUAUAUGUAUCUUCAAUGGAAUUAUUCUGUGGGGUAGAUGGAACUGGUAUUGAUUCUUUAGUGUAAUGGGGUAAUACACCCCAAUCCCCGGCAUAGUCUGAGCCACCCUCAUUCAUUUGUAUGUGUGCAAGCCUUCUGUGUGUGCAUGUAUGGAGAGUUCAACUCCCGGUGUCUUCCUUUCACUGCACACCUUAUUUUUUGAGAUAGACUCUCUCACUGCACCUGCAGGUCACUGGCUUAGUAAGCUGGCUAGCCGGAGAGGCCUCUAGAUCUGCAUGUUUGUCUCCCCAUCGCCAGCACUGGGUAACAUACACUUAUAACACCAUAUUCUACUUUUACAUGGGGGGAAGAAAGUCAGGCACUCAUUCCAGGCAGAGAGCUCUUUAUUUACCGAGUCAUCUCUCCAGACCCCCAUGUAACUCCGGACUUUGGCUGGCUGUGGUCCUGUAAUUUGACUGAACAACAGGAUGUGGGUGGACAUGCUGCAAAGGAAGCCGGGAUGAGCCUAUUUGGCAGAGAUUCUGACAUUGCUAAUUCAGAAGGACAAGAGGUGUCUGGAGAGAGCUUUCUCAGCUCAUCAGAAGACUUACAGCUAGAAGAAGCAUUCAGCUGAGCUGGGAAGCCAGUGACACUUAGUUUGGGUAGUUUGCUCUGUAGCAGUGACUGAUUAACACAUGGUGCCAAAGGCCAUGGGUGAUUUACAGUUCUCAUUACAAGUGGGUUUUGCUCCCUGAGAAGCUGGAAAUCAAUUCACUAUGCUACCAGAAGUGUGUGGGACACCUACAAAACUACUCACACACACCCUCCUCCAGUUGACCAUGAAAAUGCAAAUGUCUUAGUGGGGAGGGAGGGAGAGAGGGGGAAGGGAAGGAAGAAGGGAGGAGGAAGGAGGGAGAGAGAGAUUGACUAACCAUAGCAUCACACAUACAGAUCUUACAUUGCUUUGUUCCAGACUGAAUCCUUGUUAUACAGCCUUCUUGAAGUGAUAAUAAACUCAACAAAGACCUAAGUGAUCUUUAUCUUUAAUAACUGAUUUUAAUAUGUAGCAAAUUAUGUGCAAUCCACAUGGUUGGUAAUAUACGGUAUUGCUAAUCCUUAUUUUUAGAAGACAGUCCUUUUGAUAAUGAUUUUUAAAAAAUUGUGUGUGAUAUGCGUGCACUGUUACAAAAGUAAGCAUGAGUGCGGUUGGGGUAUAUGCUGUGGCCAGAGGUGGACAUUAGGUGUCUUCCUUUACAACCCUCUGCUUACUAUCUUGAGACAGAGUCUCUCACAACACUGGAUGUUUGCUGUUUCUCCAUCAGCCAGUCUCCCUCUCCAAUGCUGGAGGUAUAGGCAUGCUCAGCCACGCCCAGCUUUUCAUGCGUGCUGAGGAUUUGAACUCAGGUUCUCAUGAUUGUACAGCAGGUGCUCUUGUCCAAUGAGUUAUUUCCCCAGCCUUUGAUAAUGAGUUUUAAGUAUAUUCAGGGAUUAUUAUUUUCAACAUCACUUUUUAUUCAGAAAUUUUCAAAACCUAGCUAUCAAAUUGUGUGAAUGAAUAUGUUUUAAAGCUUGUUAUCAAGUGCAACUGCUAUUUCCAUAAUAAAAGUUAAAAUGAAGCAUAAAGAGAAUAUUUGACAGUUGGAUAGUUUAUUAAAUCCUCAGACUGUAGGAUUUCUGUUAAGCUCAACACACCUAGUAUUAACUCCUUGGUGAAAGAACAAGGCUCAGUAUCACCAGUCUUGUUCCCCACGUACUUGCUGUAGAUUCCUCACAAACACACACAUCAAAGUAUUAGUAAGAAGUUACUAGAAACACAUCUCAACACUUACAUGAUAGACUAUUUUAUCUUCAUGCACAGUUAGGAACCUUACCGGAGACAGCAACAUGUUAUAAUUACAAUGGCUUAAAUAGCCCGAAAACAACAAACAAAACCAGUGUUAAUUAAGUGUCAUAAGGAAAGCUGCAAGGGACAGGAGAAAGUGCCAGGUACUGCUACAGGACUCAUUAGACUUUAGCAAGCUGGCCUUAGGCCACCUACAUCGUGCCCAGGGAACCAGUCAAAAGAGCAUCAUGCACCUCUUGUCCCCCAGACCCUCCAUCCAGUCACACAGUCACAGGCCUUCACAAUGGCAGAACAAAGCGGUCCUUGCCAGAUGCCCCUUCCACCCAGGAUCUGUAUGGGCGGCUAAUCCCGCGCACAAAGCAGCCGUGGUUCCCCAUUGUUGGGCACCCGCUGGGAGAGCUCUGGAACGUCCCAGCGCGCCUGGCCCGGGGCUUAUUUAGCGGGCGCCGACCAGGCCGCGGGCUCCCGGGAACCAUGUACCGGCGCAGCUAUGUUUUCCAGGCCCGCCAGGAGCGCUACGAGCGCGCCCAGCCCGCGGGCCCCGCCGCCCAGUCCGGGGGAACGGCACCCGGCCUGGCGGCACUGCAGGCUCUGGGCGAGCGCGUGGCCGCUCAGGUCCAGCGGGCCCGUGCGCUCCAGCAGCGCCAUGCCGGUCUGCGGCGACAGCUCGACGCCUUCCAGCGCCUGGGAGAGCAGCCGGGGCCCGAGGACGCCCUCGCCCGCCACGUCGAGGCCAAUCUGCAGCGCGUCAGGGACCUGGCGGCCGAGCGUGCUCGGCUGGAGAGGCAGGAGGCCGAGGCGCAAAGAGCACUCGACGAGUUCCGGAGCAAAUAUGAAAAUGAGUGUGAGUGUCAAUUGGUGCUAAAAGAAAUGCUGGAACGACUUAACAAGGAAGCUGAUGAAGCCUUACUGCGUAACCUGCACCUUCAGUUGGAAGCACAGUUUCUGCAGGCGGAUAUCAGUGUGGCCAAGGACAGAUACAAAAAGAAUCUUCUGGAAAUCCAGACCUACAUCAGCAUCCUGCAGCAGAUCAUUCAGACUGCUCCUCAAGUGACCCUGGUUACUGGUGGGAUGAGGGAGGAGAAGCUGCUGACAGAACGGGAAGUGACUGCCCUGCAGAGCCAGCUGGAGGAGGGCAAGGAGACACUCACCCACCUGCAGGCACAGAAGGCUGAGCUGCAGACCCAGACAACAUCCCUUGAACAAGCCAUUAAACAUGCUCAUGAGUGCUAUGAUGAUGAGAUACAGCUUUACAACGAGCAGAUCGAAAGCCUACGGAAGGAGAUAGAGGAGGCUGAGCGGUCUCUGGAGAGGUCGUCCUAUGACUGCAGGCAGCUGGCUGUGGCACAGCAGACCCUGAGGAAUGAGCUAGACCGGUAUCAUCGGGUCAUUGAGAUCGAAGGUAACAGGUUGAGCUCUGCUUUCCUUGAGACCCCCAUCUCUCUGAUCACCCCAAGCCAUGGGGCCUCUCUCAGCCUUGGAUCCAGUGUGAAAGAUAUCACCAGGGCUGUGCAGGAUAUCACAGGAGCCAAACCAAGACAAAAGGCCUUCCCCAAGAGCCUUCCAAAAAGAAAGGAGAUUAUAGCUCAAGACAAAGUGGAUGAAACACUGGAAGGUGCACAAUUAAAAACCCUGCAAGAGCCAAACCCAGUGCAGGGGGAACUUAAAGUGGACAGUGAUUCUCAUCUGGGGCCCGGGGGUGGACAUGAAGUAAGUCCAGUACUAGAAGGGGGUCCUGAGGAUAUGCCAGAUGGAGGCCAGAUAAGCAAAGCCUUUGGGAAGCUAUGUAAAGUAGUCAAAGAGAGAAUAAGUGGCCCCAAAGAGCCUGUGCCAGAACCACCCGCUGACCUCUUCACCAAAGGACGGCAUAUACUGGUCACAGGGGAUGCCAGUUUUGUGGACCCUGAGUUCUACUCCUCCUCCAUCCCAGCUAGGGGUGGGGUGGUGGUUUCCAUUGAGGAAGACUCUAUGCAUCAUGAUGGCCACGUGGAACCCUCACCCGGGCAGCCCAUACUACCUGUGAAGAAUGGAAAGGGGGCUCCCCAGGGCAGGGAAGGUGACCACUCAAGCCAUCAGCAGGUUAAAGAUAAGAAUGGGAUCGGGGCCAAGGAACCAAAAGACCUGGAAAAAAAAGAUGAUGAUGGCCAAAAGGAAGAUGAGGGGCCCAGGAGACCCUGUCCUGUGAUCAUACCUGGUCCUGAUGGACCACCUACAUCCCGUUCACAAACGUCUGGGUCCAAUCAAGAUGGAUCAGAGGGGCCUGGGAAUAAGAGCAGUAGCCUGCUGGCAAAAAGCCCUUCUAAGGCUUUAGCUUUUAAGAAGGUAGAGGUGGUGGAAUCCAUUGAGAAGAUUUCAACAGAGAGUAUUCAGACAUAUGAAGAAACUUCUGUCAUUGUGGAGACUGUUGUUGGGAAGCCAAAGGCCAACAAGAAACCGGGAGAGAAGGGCUCUUAAAAUGCCAGGGCUUGAAGGAAGAAAAUAUCUGGGGCCAGUGUAGGUGAAGUGCCUUGAGAUGGUUCCUGUUUGGAUUAGAUCAUAGUUGACCUGUCUGGCAUUGCCAGUGACCUUCAUUAAAAUGCUUUUUUUUUUGCUUGCACCA